AUGCCCUACUUUGGUUCCUCACGAGGUCCAGUGACAGUUAAUGAUUCGUUACUCCUUGACAAUGAAGUUUCUAUUGGAGUGGCGAGGAGUUUGGUGAUUUCCAAGGAUGUGCAUGUCUUGGGAACAAGGGAUGACAACCGGCUAGUGAGCGAUGCCAUGGCAUUGAGCGUGCAAAGUGCAGCAUCUAUCGCAACUGUAGGGCAUCGCCUCAUUGAAAAAUCUCAUGAGGUGCAAGUACUGAGAGCUCAAUUGGCGGCGAAGAGGAAUUUGGUUGAUGAUUAUCAGCGUGACAUCAAAAGAAAAGGAUAG